UCUGGCGCGUCUUCCCGUCUCCUCUUCUCCUUCCUCGCGUUUUCUAAGAACUCGAUCAAAGUUAACACCACUCUCAAACUCGCACAGUGAAAGAUUUUUAGAAUAUGAAAGUCAAAAUCAAAGUCUCCUUCUUCACUUAUAUAUAAAAUCUCUUCCUCUUCCAAAUCACACAGAAAAUCCCCACCAGCAAACGGACUUAUACUAUACACACGCACACGGAUUUUAAUUUUUCUAUAUUUAUUUAUUUUAAUCUAGUGAGAGGAAAUGGCUGACGGUAACGGCGGCGGUCAGUACGGGGAUUUUCCGGCUAUUCCAGUUCACGGUGGACAAUUUGUUCAGUACAAUAUAUUUGGAAAUAUAUUUCAAAUUACAUCGAAGUAUCGGCCUUCGAUCCUGCCGAUUGGUCGCGGUGCUUAUGGUAUUGUCUGCUCGGUGUUGAACUCGGAGACGAAUGAGAUGGUAGCAAUAAAGAAGAUAGCGAAUGCUUUUGAUAAUCAUAUGGAUGCUAAACGCACUCUUCGUGAAAUUAAGCUUCUUCGCCAUUUGGAUCAUGAAAAUGUUAUAGCUAUUAGAGAUGUGAUUCCUCCACCUAUAAGAAGGGAAUUUACUGAUGUCUACAUUGCCAUGGAGCUCAUGGACACUGAUCUUCAUCAGAUUAUACGCUCCAACCAAAGUCUAUCAGAGGAGCAUUGUCAGUACUUUCUGUAUCAGAUUCUUCGAGGACUGAAGUACAUACACUCUGCUAAUGUUAUUCAUAGAGAUUUGAAACCCAGCAAUUUGUUACUAAAUGCAAAUUGUGAUUUAAAGAUUUGCGACUUUGGGUUAGCUCGGCCAACGUCAGAGAAUGAGUUUAUGACAGAAUAUGUUGUCACCAGGUGGUAUAGAGCACCCGAGCUUUUGCUCAACUCUUCAGAGUACACUGCUGCAAUAGAUGUGUGGUCUGUGGGUUGCAUCUAUAUGGAGCUUAUGAACAGAAAGCCUUUAUUCCCGGGCAAAGAUCAUGUACACCAGAUGCGCCUGUUGACGGAGCUUUUAGGCACACCAACUGAAUCAGAUCUUGGGUUUAUCAAGAAUGAGGAUGCCAAAAGAUACAUCCGGCAACUCACUCCAUAUCCUCGUCAGCCAUUGGACAAAGUUUUCCCUCAUGUUCAUCCUUUGGCUAUUGAUCUUAUUGAUAGAAUGUUGACAUUUGAUCCCACAAAAAGAAUUACUGUCGAAGAAGCAUUAGCCCAUCCCUAUGUUGCCAGGUUACAUGACAUAGCUGAUGAACCAGUCUGCCCAGAGCCGUUCUCAUUUGAUUUUGAGCAACAACCCUUGGGAGAAGAACAGAUGAAGGAAAUGAUUUACAGGGAGGCCAUAGCACUCAAUCCGGAGUAUGCAUAAUAUUUUAUUCAUUUGGUGUCCCACAAGUCUACCAGUUCAACUAUUGUGUUGAUGGAAUAUAUUUCUUUUGAAGAAACGUGGCAAUCAGAACAUAAAUAUAAUGCUGAAAAACAAUGAAAAUGGGAUCACAGAUCAAACAAGUUAAAUCAAACUGUUUUCUUCGUCUUCUAUAUCUGCGACUAUUUAGGUGGUUCUGCUAAUUGUGCAACCAUCACUGACAAUCAGUUGCACGGUACUUUUAGUCUUGACAAGGUUAGUCAUUUUGCUAUCUCUGUAAAAGUUACAACCUUGUAACAUUGUCUUUUUUCUUUUUUCCCCUUUAAAAGUUUCUCUUGUAAGAUGUGUUGAUUUGUGAGGUAUCAAAUUGGAAUUUAUUCUUAAUGUAAUGUAAUUCAAACUUCUCAUGUGCAAUAGAUUGAAUUCAACAUAA